AUGCUGAUGAUUGAUUUGAUACAAUUCAAGACGCUACGCGACCUUGAGAACGAGAGGCAACUCAGAGAGGACAAGCAGCUCAAGGAAGAGAUGCGGAGCGAGGGAGCAGCCCUCAAGGCAGCCAACAGGGGAUCCCUCAACGUCGCCUCCUUCAGUCGACUCCUCAUGACGGGAAAAGCCGGGGGUGACAACGAGGUAGCUGCUGCGUCCACGGCGGCGGCAGAAGCGGCGGCAGCAGAGCACCGCCGCACCGCGGAGGAAAAAGGUGCCACCGCCACCACCACCGAGCUCACGACAUGGCAGAUCGAUAAAGGCGACGGGAGACGGGGCGACGGGCGGAGAGACCCACGGCAGCGCCACCAGGAAACCAGCACCAGCACCGCCACCGCCGAGGGGAGGUCGCAGCGGUGCCCCGUCCAAAGCGCAGCGUGCUUCCUCCUCUCCCUCCCCGGCACCGGCGCCGCCGCCGAGACGGAGAGUCGUACACAGGACGUCGUCGUCACCGCCAUCUACGCCCGGAGAAGGGGGUCGACACAGCACAGAUUCAGCAUCGCCCGAGACCCAACCGACAGGCAAUGCAUCGGAUCUGUCACUGGCUACGACACCAACAAAGACCUCUGCUCCCAGACCACCACCUGCCCGCCGGGGACCGCUCAGCCCCACCACCGAGGGAGCUGGUCGUGCACCGCCGCCCCCACCGACGAGAAAGAGGGGAAGCAGCAAGGGGAGCGUGGACCUGCGUACGGCGGACACUGUUGCUGCUGCCGGUGGCUCUCCCGGCGAGUUCGGCCAGGUACAGGGCGGGUAUAA